ACCUGCUGGGCAGUUGUCGUUUAACUGUGCAGCUGUAAGUACAGUAACGUUACUCGUGCAAACACUGGUUUGUAUCCAGUGAUUCAUUUAUUCUUUUCCUGGAAUCAACCGCCAGUAUUCUGCGUGAACGUGUACGUUCGAUGUACAUACAACGUAACAACACAAAGGCGAAGAAUUUCUAUGUCCUCACCUGAACACAGGUGUCAUAAUCGAAACAGUACUAUCUUAAGCGAUAGUUGCCAAUUUGGCCGGGGGCUAUCGUAACUAAGAGCUUAUCUCUGAUUUACCAUGGACCUAACGUAGCAUUUCCGUUUUCAUUUUGGGCUGUUACACCAUUUUCCAUCUUGAGUUAGUCGCUCGGUUGUUCGCUUUCACCGCAGAUACAUCAUCGUUUUCCCUCCAAGUAAGUUUUCGAAUUCGUGUUGUGAACAAAAUUUGCAAAAGGGAUAUUUUAGGAGUGGUUAAUUGAACAUGGAAGUGCAACAAAUAAUUGAUGCAUCUGAUCUCGUUAAAGGUGUGCAAGGGCGCUGCACUUUUAUGGAAAGUAAUAUUGCGACCUUGGCGAUGGGUUGUCAGUUUUGGAAAGUUCGCUCAGACAGAGGUUGGUAUCUGCGCCGGUUUUGGCUGGAUAUCGAACACUUGUGUCUUCGUUAUGUUCCUUCGCAAAAACCGUUCUGGAAUACAUCACCGACUCGCGUCGAUUUGACGGGAAUCACGGAAGUGCGGCGCUGGAAAUCGGAUUUUUAUCAACAAAUUGAGAAAAGAGGUCAUUCAAGAAGGCGUUUAGAUUCGGCGUUGACAAAUGAAUUGUGCUUCACUAUCGUAUUUUGCCAGCAUGAAUAUAACCUGAUUGCACUGGACGAAGCAACCGCCGAGUUUUGGUUGACCAAUCUGAAGAAACUUGUUUGCAUUGUACGCACGGUCCAACACGAAAAUCAAUAUUGGAUGUGGUUGACACUGCAGUUUAGAAAAGCUGAUAAAGACAAAAUAGGCGCCUUGAGCUUUGUACAAGUGCAAGAUUUACUUGAGCGAAUGAAUGUUAAACUUAGUCGAAAAUAUGCGAAGGAGCUCUUCAACGACGCCAAUGUAAAUAAGAACAAGCAAAAUGGAAAACAAGUGCUGGACUGCCGGGAGUUUGUGCAAUUUUUUCGCGUCCUUACAAAAAGAAAUGAACUGGACGAAAUUUUUGAAAAGUAUGCCAAAACGGACUCUGCAGCCAUGACCGCCGAGGAGUUGAGGAUUUUUCUCUCUCAAGAACAGUUUAUAACUGUUGAUGCUGAACAAGCCAACGCCCUGAUUUCCAAGCAUGAGGUCUCUACGGCUAAGGAAGAAAGAUUACUCACAAUUGCUGGUUUCACAUCAUUAAUGAAGUCUUUCGGCAUCGCCGUUGAAGAACACAACACUCUAUUUCAAGAUAUGAAUCAGCCUUUAACUUCAUAUUACAUCGCAUCUUCUCAUAACACAUAUUUGAAAGGAAACCAACUUACUAGUAAGAGUAGCGUACAGGCAUACAUCAGAGCAUUAGAGCAAGGCUGUCGCUGCGUUGAACUGGAUCUAUGGGAUGGACCGGCCGGAGAUCCAAUUAUCUACCACGGGUGCACGUUAACGUCCGAGUUAAGACUAACCGAUGUUCUAAAUGAAGCAGUAAAGCCGUACGCUUUUAAAGCAUCGCCGUACCCUCUGAUCCUGUCGCUGGAAUGCCACCUUUCUAACAAACAGACAAAGAGAUUAGCAUUCUUGCUUAAAGAUAUUCUCGGAGAUAUGCUGUAUACCACGCCCGUUGAUGACUCGAUGGAAAUGCUUCCUUCUCCUGAAGCAUUGAAAAAUAAAAUCAUUAUUAAGGCGAAAAAACCAUAUGUUACAAAUGACAGUGAACUUGAAGAAAAUUAUAGCAGUGAUGAUGAUGAUGGAAGAAAUUCGAGUGACAACGACAACUCUGAUGAGUCACCUUUUCAGAAAAAAACACCAAAUAAUACUGUUUCAGUUACAAUGUCAGGAUCCGAUCUUGUGCAAGAACAUAAGGCAGAGCAAAGCCAUUUAUCAAAUGCCGUACACAAUUCCGGAGACAUCCCAGUCAUUGCUGGAACAAAAGAAAUUCAAAUGCCGAGUCAAAUAAUGGAGCAAGACUUGUCAAAUACUAAAAAAGGAUCACAUCAAGAUUUAGUUGAAACAAUGGACCUUGAGGAUAUUUCCUGUCUUUCUGAUCUGAUAAACAUUUGCGAAGGGAAAAAAUUUUCUGGUUUUCAUCAAAAUCUAACAACUAGCCGAUGCUACCAUAUUUCGUCGCUUUCAGAAAAGAAAGCCAAAAAGCUGAUUCGUGGCGAGAGAUCGGCUUUUAUACAGCAUACCAAUAAUCAGCUGGUGAGAAUUUACCCAAAAGGUUCACGAACUGACUCAAGCAACUAUGAUCCUGCGCAGUUUUGGAGUUCGGGCUGUCAAAUUGUUGCCCUGAAUUACCAAACGGGCGGACUUUAUAAAGCCAUAAACAACGCAUUUUUCCAGUUCAAUGGAAACUGUGGAUAUGUACUUAAACCAGCCAUCCUACGUAACCCGGAAAUAGUUGAAACUUCCGGAAAAGAUGAAAUGAGGGGAAAUAGAAUUGUUCGCGUUCAAAUCAUAGCCGGGCAAAAUCUUCCUAAAACUGAAAAAAACGUUAUUGAUCCCUACGUUACAAUUCAAAUCGUGGGUCAUCCUGCAGACCAGUAUAAAUUCAAAACUAAGCAUGUAGAAAAUAACGGUUUUAAUCCUUGCUGGAAGGAGACGGCUGAAUUUCGAUUAACUGUACCAGAAUUGGAUAUACUCGUUAUCGCAGUAAUGGACAAAGACACAAUGACGGAAAAUGAUUUAGUUGGUGUCAGAGUCUUUCCGGUAAAAAGUCUGAAAUCAGGAUAUGGACAUAUUUGUCUAAUGUGCCCAGCAGAAGGAAAUCUUAUACCGUGCGCAACCUUAUUCGUCCAUGUAUCGAUUCACGAGGAAACACCUGUGAAAUAACUAUAUUUCCUGGUUUUUGGUGCCAACAAUCAAGACCAUAAAUUUCCUCCUGCUGAAACGAGUAUCAAAAGUGGCUGUACUCUUCGGGUAGAUAUUUACGAGCGGAGCGAAGUGGAUUAGCUUGUACUCGUAAAAUGUGUUUUUAAAAUAUACUACAAUUGUUCGUAUCGACA